UUCUGAUUGGAUUAUAGGGAGCUUAGCGAGUGAAUGGAGAGCAGCGCGAGCGCUGGGGGAGAAAGCAGACGCCGUACAACUGGCCGUGAACAGCGGCAACCGCGUUCGACGGCGGCCAUUAGAGCGCGUGGCCGGAAGAGGAGCGGGAGGCGGUUCGAACCGGUGGAAUUACGUGUUUUAAUAUUUAUAUCGAAGUCGUAACUCUCCUGCGUGUCGCUUGGCGGCGGCGAAUUCCGCUGGAGGGAGAAGGGGAGGGGGGCUCAGAUGAAGAAUGGGUCCCGAACCGGCGGCGCCGGGAGCCUCCAGUGAACCGCGAAAGCCGCGGCGCUGAGGUGAACCGGGAGCCGCGGAACCGGGAGGACGUGCUGGGCUCCGGUGACGCCUGAGGAGAGCCGCGUGUCUCCGCCAUGAGGACCCUGUUGGCGCUCUGCUGUCUUCUCCUUGCGGUAGCCGAGGGGGCGGACCGGCAGACCCCAGCGCCAGACAGGAGGAGGACUUCCCCGAGCAGCGCGACCACAGGCGGCGGCGGCGGCGGCCGGUUCAUAAAGAUCGGCGACGGCACUUCGCAGGAAUUCGAGUUUCCGGAGAACACCAAAGGCGUGAUCGUGAUCUCCAGUGGGUACCACGGUGCCGUGGGCACAUCGGAUCGCGGGGGGUGGAAGCAGACGGUGACCGUGCGCUCUCUGGAACCCCAGGUCUUGUCCAUCUUGAACGUGAGUGACAGCGGCGGGACCCCCGGGCCCCUGCGCAGCUACGUGAUCGGCAUCCGCUCGGGUGUGGCGGGGACUGCUCCCCUGCUCAUCCAGCUGCUGGACCUGGACCAGGACUCCGGGCCCGUUGUGAUAGAGGAGCGCUCCGACUACUCGAUCAGGGUAUCCCCGGGCGGGGAGGAUUCCGGCGCCCCGCUCCUCCAGUCUGGCGGGCUCUCCCACUUCUCACAGAACCCUGUCCUGUUUGCUCUGCUGCCACUCAUCUUUGUCAACAAGUGCGCGUUUGGGUGCAAGGUGGAGGUGGAGGUCCUGAGCUGCCUGGUCCGGAGGCCGGCGCCCGUGUUGCUGGGCAUGCUAGGGCAGUUCCUUGUCAUGCCGCUGUACGCCUUCACCCUUUCCAAGCUGGCUUCCCUACCCAAGGCGCUCUCCUUAGGACUGGUGAUCACCUGUUCGGCCCCAGGCGGCGGUGGCGGAUACCUCUACAGCCUGCUUCUGGGUGGCGACGUUACGCUGGCCAUCACGAUGACCCUGGUGUCCACAGUGGUUGCCGCGGCAAUGAUGCCAAUUUCCUCAGCCUUGUAUGGCUGGCUGCUGGGAGUCCACGCUGCGCUGCAUGUGCCCUUCAUCAAGAUCUUGGGCACCCUCCUUUUCAUCGCCAUCCCCAUCUCCCUAGGGAUGCUGGUGAAGCUGCGGCUACCCGGCCUGACGCGGGUGCUGCUGGCGCUCAUCCGGCCCUUCAGCUUCGUACUCAUUGUGGGCGGAAUCUUCAUGGCCUACCAGAUGGGAGCAUCAAUCCUGGCUGAUGUGCGGCUGCCCAUUGUAGCAGUGGGUGUCACCGUGCCCCUCUUCGGGCUGCUGCUGGGUUAUGGUGCAGCCAGCGUGGCUGGCCUGAGUGCUCCUCACCGGAAGACGGUCAGCAUUGAGGUGGGGGUUCAGAACAGCUUGCUGGCGCUUGCAGUCAUGCAGCUGUCGUUCCGCCGUGCAGAGGCUGACUUUGCCUCCCAGGCCCCCUUCAUAGUGGCCCUCAGCAGCACAUCAGAGAUGCUGCUCCUCGUCCUCGGUCAUGUUGCCUACCGCCGGCUGUGCCCUGCCGCCGCCACCACGGACGUCUGACACCUGAUUGUAUUCUCCGUACUCCGUCUCGGACUGGUGCCCAGCCUCACGCGCACUGAACGCGGUGGAGGGACGCAAACAUAACGCAGCACAUGGUGUUGUGAUGAAAGUGGCUUUUUUUUUGUGUUGAAACCAAAGGCCUUCUUUCUCUCUUCUCAGAGUUGUUUUUUAGCUUUUCAUUACAAGUACCUGCUGUAAUUACACAUUGGAAGAGAGAUGCCUAUUGAACACAGAGAUAUUUUUCUACUGGACUUUUGUUUUCUAACUGAAAAGAUUAUUAUGAUUUGUAUCAUGUUUACAGAGCUUGUGCACUUGGACCAGGUGAGGGACUGUGGUCUGAAGUCAGUUUGCAGAAGGGACUCGUGUGUAACUCUCUGAAGUUUUCUUGUACUUGAAUAAUGAUAAAUCGGAUAAACAUGGAAAUAAAGCACUGGAAUGAGCAAGCUAAAGGUGUGUAAAUUGGUGAAUAUUUAUGCGCACAGGUCACCUGUCAGGGAAAUGCAAGGUUAGUGAGAAAGUG